AUGUCGGGGUUGGGGGUCCGCUGCGAUGAUACGGCGUCCCUGUCUGGGGCAUAUGCACCUGGAGACAUUAUCAUUGGGAUUCUGGGAUCAGUUCACUCCAAAGUAAAAGACCUUCAGGAUCGGGUUCGCCCGGACAAAUAUACCUGCAUAGACUUUGAUCUCAUACCAUUUGUACAGUCUCUAGCUGUAAUUUACACCAUUGAAGAAAUCAAUGACUCUGGAUUUCUUCCUGGGAUUCGGCUUGGAUAUCUGAUGUGCGAUCCCUGUGUAUACGGCACUAAAGCCUUACAGUGCGUGGAGCACAUGCUUGCUAUUAACAAGACGCUUGCAGUCUUCGCCGACAACUCAAACUUUACUUCGCCAGUGAAGGUUUUCAUGGGCGAGAGAUAUUCUGAGCUGUCCAUUCCUGUGGCCAAACUGCUGAGCCUCUACAUGAUUCCCCAGAUCAGCUGCACAUCUUCUUCACCAGCCCUGAGUGACAAGUUACGGUAUGCAUCCUUUUUCCGUGUCAUUCCAAGUGAUGUAUACCAGACAAAGGCACUUGCAAAGCUCAUGGCAUACUUUAACUGGGACUGGGUUGGAGUGGUGUCGAUAGAUGAUGACUAUGGAAAACCCGCACUGGAGAAUUUUCUGCUGGAUUCAAAAAAAGAACACAUAUGUGUAGAUUUUCAGGAGCUGCUACCGAACUACCUGGGCUUCAUAAAUAUUGAACAGCGCAUCACGGAAGUAGCUAAUCGUAUUCGAUCAUCCACUGCCAAAGUUGUGCUGCUCAUCUUGAGACCGGAACUUGUUGAAAUGCUCUUUCAGGAGCUGAUUAAGACAAACACUACUCGAAUCUGGAUCGCCAGUGAUGCCUGGUCAAUGGCACGCCUUGUAAUGAAGAUGAAGAACAUAAAUAAAGUGGGAGAAAUAUUUGGCUUUACAUUUAUCACUUCGAACAUUCCAGGUUUUGAAGACUACCUCCAGCAUCUGACAAUAAGCUCAGGGGAAAAGAAUGAUUUCAUCAAAGAGUACAAGCAAAUUAGGUUCAACUGCAGCUCUGAUCAGCAAUCAGAGCACACAUCACCCAUAGCCUGUAAUAUAACAGACCCCCAGGAGGCAAAUGAUGACUACCUGCUCCACGCUGUGCAUUUGACAAAGGCCUACAGUCAGAGAGUGGCAGUAUAUGCCAUAGCUCAUGCCAUCAAGAAAAUCCUUCAGUGUAACGACACCGCCUGCUCUGGAAAUACCAACUUCAUGCCAUGGCAGCUUGUGGACAUUCUUCGUAAAGUGAACUUCACUUUGGAUGAUGAGACAUAUUCCUUCAAUCAAGUCGGUGACUUUGAGAAUGGUUACGAUCUCAUAAUGUGGAAAGACAGUGGUGAUGAAAGAAUACCUGAUUCAGUGGGAAGAUUUCUCAUAAAGAAUGAUAAAGUCGAGGUUGAUGAGCAUAAAAUUCCAUGGACCAACAGCACGGUGCCCAAGUCUAGGUGUUCAAAGCCAUGCCCCCUGGGCACACAGAAGAACAUAUCAAGCAUCUCCUGUUGUUAUACCUGUACCAACUGUAGUGAGGGAUACUAUUCUAAUGAGACAGAUCAACUUACCUGUAAACAAUGUCCAGAAGGCUUUUGGUCUCUUCCAGGGUCGAGGGAAUGUCAGAAAUGGAGUAUCUGGUUUUUGGAGUGGUCUGCAGCUUAUUCCAUUGUAGUGAUGAUUGGAACAGUAAUAGGUGCUCUACUGCUGAUGUUCUCAUUCAUCUUUUACAUCCUACACAGAGAAAAACCCAUCAUAAAGGGCAUCUUAGUCAUUUCAUGUCUGAUGAAAUUUGGCCUGAUGGUGAGUUUUGGAGGUGUAAUACUUUUCUUAGGCAGCCCAAACAUCCAUGUUUGCAGAGCACAACAGACCAUGUAUGGUCUUGGGUUCACUCUCUGUGUGUCCUGCAUUCUGGUUAAGGCCCUUCACAUAUUCUUAGAGUUAAUGUCCUCUAAUCCUACAAAGCAGCGUGAACUAAGAAAGUUUGAUAAGCCCUUUGUCAUCAUAGGAAUCCUCACUGCUAUUCAAGCCCUCAUCUGCAUCUUCUGGAUGGUAUUUGAUCCUGUUAAUAUUGAGGAGAAACAAUCAAAAACUCAGUUACUUACCCUGAACCGUUUGUGCACUCAGGGCUCUAUGUAUGGCUUUGGUGCGAUGCAUGUCUACAUUGCUUUACUAGCUGUGGUGUGUUUUGGAUUGGCCUUCAAGGGGAGAGAUGAUGAGACUGAUCCUAUAGUCUUCAGCAUGCUCAUCCAUCUGUUUGCCUGGCUUUGCUUUAUUCCAGUCUUUAUCACUCAAUAUGAGUCACGCCCCAUCGUCCAGAUCUCUGGCAUUAUGGUCUCCAACUACGGAGUCAUCUUCUGCCACUUUGCCCCAAAAUGGUUUAAGAUCCUCUCAGAAAAGACAUUGGAGACAGAAAAAACCCCAGUUGCUCCUCUCACAAAUGACUCAGACUCUGGAGUAAUUUCUAACUUCACAAGUGGCUCAAGAGAGUCAACGCACAGCCUUUCACGGAGCCGAUUCAGCAUUGCAGAGUCAGAACCAUCCAACUGGGAUAUUAGCAGCCUGCAUCUGUCUGAAGUCAGUAUAGCCUCAUUUAGGCGUCGGAGACAAAGAAGUUGGAGAUCAAAAAGUCUGAGACCAAGAAGCCGGAAGUAAUUUAUAAGCCUGUUUGGGUUGAAUUGGUUUAUUCAUCUGUACAAUCUGUAAUUAAAUUCUUACAUGUCUUACCAGUGAUAAACAACAGGACAAGCAAGUUUCUAGUGGGUUGUAUUUUCUACAAACCCAGAAGUCUGCAUCACCAUGGUCAUACCAAAACUAAAACUUGUAUAAACGAUAAAAACUACCAAGA